AGUAAUCAGCAGAAACAAACAAAAGAGCUUUUUGAAUUCUCCAUUAAUUGAUCUGCCAUUUUUGACUUAACUCAGUGUGUGAACGAUAACACGGUGCGCACCCUUCGCCGGACUUUACACUGAUUCACCAUGCCGGAGCUGUUUCAGGCUACACAAGUCUACACGCCGAGAACUAUACAGCUCUGGAAAUCGCUACUGAAUUGGCUAGCGUUCUUCUUCCAGAUCUUUCUUCAGAUCCUCAAAGGUAAUAGCUCUCUUCUCUCUUCUUCUCCGCAGUUCAAGCCACUGCCUGACGUUGAGCUGCUGGAAGAGGAGGAGGAGGCGGAGGCGGCGCCGUCAUCCGUCGCUCUCUCGACUCUGCAAAUCACAACCGGAAAUGUUCCGACUAGUCUCGAGGAGGAACGUUCACAGAGGCUCACGGUGGUUCUUGACUUGGAUGAUACUUUAAUUUGUGCAUAUGAGACAUCAAGUAUGCCGACAAUGAUGCGUACCCAGGCAACAGAGGCUGGGUUGAAGUGGUUUGAGCUCGAGUGCAUAUCUUCGGACAAGGAAUAUGAUGGCAAACCUAAGAUCAACUAUGUCACAGUUUUUGAACGUCCUGGAUUACACGAGUUUUUAAAACAACUUAGCAAAUUUGCUAAUCUGGUCUUGUUUACUGCUGGACUUGAAGGAUAUGCAAGACCCCUUGUUGACAAAAUUGAUCCUGAGAAUUGGUUUAGCCAUAGACUUUAUCGGCCUUCAACUAUUAGCACGAGGGGUCCGAGGAUAAAAGGUAUGAAAAUAGAAGAGGCAGUGGCUUUAUGGACUUAGCUUAAUAGCAUUGCUGGAAGAUCGUUUUUGCACUUGCUGAUAUCUGUAGAGAAUCUGUUGUGCAUCUGUGUUAUCUACUCCAAUCGGUAGCAGGUGAAGGUUUCAUUCUGAAUGACUUGGUACUGAGAAUGAUCAACUUUUACUUUCUAGAUUACGAGGACAUCCCCUAGCUGCUUUAUUCAUUUGUCCUGAAAAAUCAGUGCAAAGUACUAGAGUAGCUCUUCGUCAUUCAUCUUUUUCUAAACAUUAGCACAAACUACUACCAGUAGCUCGCAAUAGCUAUAAGAUUUUCAGUAACUCUUCGUUCAUGCUU